GUACUGGUCAACCAUCUAUAUCGAUAGGCAACUACACGUUCUAAUUUAUAUUUUAAUGGACUUGAUUGAUUUUAAAGUGAGCAUGCAUGUGCACGCGACCCUAGCUCGUUCACCUCCCAAUACCUGAACGGCGGCAAGAUCAAAGGACCGGGCGCGUUGGCCAGGUAAAACUGAGGUAGAGUCUUAAAGCGACUGUACGAGGAGCAAGCGAGCGGAGGGGAGGAGAUCACCAAUCUGGUCGAGGGAUGGAGGCCUAUCCAAACUUGGUGGUACUAUUCGUUGCCAUGGCCACAUGGUGUUGUAUGACGUCAUCGGAUGACAUCAGACUUCCGGUCCCAUGCACAGACUUAGUGCCCUUGGAUCUACUGAAAGAAGCUGUUCCAACACUUGAUCACAUCCCCCCUGGUGUGAGUGUAGUAUACGUCGCGAGCAGUCACGCCCAUGCAUUCCAGUUCACAUCAGAAGCCAACCGACUGGAAUUCAAAGCCAACAAGAUUUUCAAAAGAUGUGAAUAUUUCCCAGAGGAGUUCUCCAUAUUUAUCGUGCUGAAACACACACAGAGACGUAAAAGACAGGAGUGUUUGUUUUCCUUGGUGGACGAUAGAAGAAACAAGAUUAUUAUAUCCGUGAAACUGACCAAAGUUGCCCUAGUGUUUCAGUAUGACGACAAAACGUUUCGUUUUAAAACGGAUAUAUUCUCCGAUGAUAAAUGGCACACACUUGGAUUCAGCAUGGCGGGUGAUUCUGUUGUCAUGACAACGGAUUGCAGGAAUCGGCGUCAAAGACAAGCGCGCCGGGCGUUCCCAGAAUUCCUUCCAAUGACAAAUACCUCCUUCAUUAUCGGUGGAUGUAAACGAAAAAGGACAAUGUUUCAAGGCUUCCUCAAAGACCUGAUCCUCGUUCCCGGGGCAGACGCCGUGGCCAAAGUCUGUCCCCCCAGACGACAGCGCCGGAUGGACAACACAGUCACGACGUUCCCACACGCAUACGAACAGUCGCCAUUCUGGCCACAGAAGGUUGAGUGCUCGUGGAGUGACGUUGGCAACCUCGCUUUCGAUGUAUACUCCGACAAGGUCAAGGUCUGUGUGAAUGGAAUCUGGAAGGAGGUGCACAUCCAGACGGGUAAGAAGAAGCUGGAUUACCUAGAGGCUUACCACGACGUCAAGACGCCAGCCGCCUCCAUUGACGUGGAGGUGUUCACGCUGCCGGGGGAAGGGCUGUUCGCAGUGUUCGCCGGGCAGGCAGGGAAGGGGGACUCCGCGUUGUUCAAGUGGGUGGAGAAUCAGUUCACCUUCUACCAGAAGCUGGAGACGGAGGCAGCUCAGAGUUGGUGCCACUUUACGAUCAAGAAUCAAUUUUUCCUUGCAGUGGCGAACUACGGCAGUUCCCCCGACCACGCCUCCAACUCCACCGUCUACAGGUGGCACAAGAAGAGGAAAAAGUUCAAGCCAUAUCAGACAUUCGUCACGUGGACGGCACGCGACUUUGAAUACUUUAAGAUUGACGGCCAACACUACCUCGCCGUCGCCAACCACGCUCAAGGCGACAACACAAUGGUAGAUUCUGUCAUCUACAAGUGGGACUUCAACCAUCGCAACUUCACGGAGUUCCAGUCAAUCAUGACGGUCGGAGCCUAUGACUGGACACACUUCGUUGUCAACGACUUCCACUUCAUCGCUAUUGCCAACGCGUUCAACGGCCUUACCACCCUCAUCGACUCGGUCAUCUACUUUUGGCAAAACGAUCGGUUCGUUCAGUUCCAGACAAUGGAGACUAACGGUGCCACCGAUUGGGAGUUCUUCAGUAUCCAUGGUGACCACUUCCUGGUUGUAGCCAACGCCUACAACUACGGCCCACAGAACUACAAAGACGUGGACACCUACUACACCAACUCAACCAUCUACAGACUCAACAAGCAGAAGAGAGUGUUUGAGAAGUUCCAGAUUGUCCCCACAUACAGUGCAAUAGACUGGGAGUAUGUCCGUAUUGGGGGUGACCACUACUUGGUGGUGUCCAACGCCCAGAACGGGGGCGAGGGGGACGAGCUGGCGAGCGUGGUGUACAGGUGGCAGGGGCUGGACAUGUUCGUCCCCGUACACUCGCUCAAGACGCUGCCGUCGGCAGACUGGGAGACGUUCACGAUUGGGGAGGACAUCUAUCUCAUAUACGCCAAUGCAAAGGAAUCUACCUCACAGGUCAUAAAGGUCAAGUUCACGUAGGCAUGAAUAUUCACGAGUAGAAGUGUCAAAUUACAAGAAAUUGUUCCACGACUCAUUAGUGGGACGCAUCAACUUAACAAAGGAUCAUGACGGAGUUGAUUGACAGAAAAAACAGCGUCCAUUUGCAUCAGUUAUAACAGUGAGCUACUUCUUGCAUAGACUGUUCACUGUUUAUCACACAAACCAUUCAUCAUCUAAACUGUUUAAUGCACUAACCUUUCAAGUGUUCGCAUCAUUAGUUCCAUGUUUAAAUAACAAUAUACUGUGUGUUGUACCAACUGUGCACUGCUGCAAUACUGUCGUACUGCAUGAAUCAUGUGCUGCAUCAACUGUGCGCUGCAUCAACCAUGUGCUACAUCAACUGUGCAUCAAGUGUAUGCUACAUCAACUGUGCGCUGCAUCAAGUAUGUGCCAUGUGCUACAUCAACUGUGUGCUACUAACUUACACUGCUAAGUCAACUGUCCCCUGCAUCAAUUAUGCACUGCAUCAACAGUAUGCUGCAUCAGCUAUACGCUGCAUCAAGCAUGUGCUACAUCAACUGUGCGCUGCAUCAAGUUACACUGCUGAGUCAACUGUCUGCCGCAUCAACUUUGCUCUGCGUCAACUGUGAACUGUAUCAAUCAUGUGCUGCAUCAACUGUGUGCUACAGAUUUGCAUUUGUUGAAACCUAUAAUUUAGCCUCCCUGAAAUGAUGAGGUUUGUGAUGCUAUAGCAACACCAUACACACUCCCGCAGUCAAAUAACACUAUGAUAUCAUGUGAUAUAUACUGGAAUGUUAUCUAUUUAAUAUAUCCCCCUGGACCUAGUGCUGAUAAUCACGUUAUACACCACGUUAUCUUGACGUCGUUUACUCUGUAUUGUAUAUGUUUCUGUUGUUCCUAUAUAUUAUGUUGGUAUGUUAAGUAUAUGUGGCCGAUGUAGUGUCUCUCCAUGUGUCCGAUCAGUGUUAAUCUUAGACAUGUCUCUCGUGUCGUGUGUGAUGUCCACAGUUCAUACCUUCACAGCAGAAGUGACUGUUAUUUAUGACACCUGCGUAUCUGCCCAUUGAUUGAUGUUGAUUGUCUGAAUGUAUCGUGUAGUA